AUGAAACCAGAUAUAGUUCCAGAAGUGGUGCUAAAUUCAGGCCACAAGAUGCCCAUGUUGGGUUUUGGCACUGGAACUGUGCCAUUACCACCACCUCAUGAACUCAUCAAUGCAUUCACUGAAGCCAUUCAAGUUGGCUAUAGGCAUUUUGACACUGCAGCUUAUUAUGGUUCUGAGGAAACUCUUGGCAAAGCAAUAGCACUAGCACUUGAGCAAGGUCUUAUUCAAAGUCGUAGUGAAAUUUUUGUCACUACUAAGUUAUGGUGUAUUGAUGCUCAUCCUGGCCUUGUGGUCCCAGCACUAAAGAGUUCAUUAGAGAGGUUGGGGCUAGAGUAUGUGGAUCUAUAUCUAAUCCAUUUUCCUGUAAGGUUGAGACAAGAAGUUAAAGGGACUAUUUACAACAAAGACGACAUUCUUCCUUUUGACAUGAAAGGGACAUGGGAAGACAUGGAACAAUGCUUUAAAUUGGGCUUGGCUAAGUCUAUUGGUGUUAGCAAUUUUGGUGUGAAAAAGCUUUCAGAACUUCUACAAAAUGCAAUUAUUCCUCCUGCUCUUGUUCAGGUGGAAAUGAACGCAGCAUGGCAACAAGAAAAUCUGAGAGGGUUCUGCAAAGAGAAAGGGAUUCACGUGAGUGCAUGGGGCCCUUUGGGAGCUAAUGGAGCUGUGUGGGGUUCCCUUGCUGUCAUGAGCAGUCCAAUUCUGAAGGACAUUGCUUUCACAGUAGACAAGACUGUGGCACAGGUUGCAUUGAGAUGGAUAGUAGAGCAAGGUGCUACUCCAAUUGUGAAGAGCUUCAACCCAAAGAGAAUGAGAGAAAAUCUCAACAUAUUUGAUUGGGAGCUGAGUGAGGAUGAUUUGGAGAAGACAAAGCAAAUACCACAACAUAGGGGUUUCAAUGGAGAACGUUUUGUCUCUGAAAUUGGACCUUACAAAACUGUGGAAGAUCUUUGGGGUUGA